UAUCCGACGGACGAUUCCGUUCUCUCCGUUCUUGCAGCCCGUUUCCGUGCAGACUUACCUUACGCUAGAAUCGGCUCUACCGGCCUCGUCGUCGUGAAUCCAUGCAAGACCCUAUCCAAUGUCAACGAUGCGAGUGCCAAGGAGUACGAGGAAAGGUGCUACAAGGACACUAGCCUCAGCCUGAUCGAUACCCGUCGGCCUCCCCAACCACAUGUAUACGAGCUAGCAGUCAAGGUCUAUCUUCUCAUGCGAAGGAGAGGCGAAUCACAGGCUGUCAUCGCUCGGGGCAUUUCCGGGUCAGGGAAGACCACUAGUACUACACUACUGGCGGAUCAGAUUCUCCGUCUCUCAGCUCACUCUAAGCGAGAACGAAAAAUCGCAGAGCAAAUCAAGGCAUUCUCUCUAUUACUCGAGUCUUUUGGCAACGCGAAGACUCCCACGAAUCCCAACGCCUCACGACACACACGCUAUACGGAACUCCACUUUAACGACCGGGGGCGCAUCAGCGCCGCCAAGGUUUUGGCCUUCGGUCUGGACAAGUCUCGUCUCACUCGCUUGUCUUUCGACGAGCGUUCAUAUCAUGUGUUCUACCAGCUCCUCGCAGGUGCCACGCCUGCGGAACGGGAUGCUCUUGGCCUUGAGGGUCCCUCGGAAUACUCCCUUCUAGCUUCAUCGGGCUGUUACCGUCUUCCAGCUGGCCCAUUCAGUGACGACGCUUUGGCCAUGGAUAACUUGCGUGAGGCAUUCAGGGCGUUGGGGUUCAAGUUCAAACAUGUCUCUUCCAUCUUCAGCAUCCUCGCUGCUUUGCUUCUUCUUGGCAAUAUAGAGUUUGGGGAGGCUGAUGCUCAGGACGUUUCUGCAUACAUCAUCAAUGUGCCAGUCCUCCAACAGGCUGCGAAGCUUCUUGGAAUAUCUCCAGAGGAGCUAAGCGAAGCCUUGACAUGCAAGUCAAACUACAUGCGAAAAGAGCUCUUCACUGUGUUAUUAAACGCGAAGCAAAGCGCCGCACAGAGAGACCAAUUCGUUCAGGGGCUUUAUGCAAUCCUCUUCGCUUUCAUUGUCGAGACGGCUAAUUACAAACUGGCGCCUCUCGCACAAACGCCCUCGUGCUCAGCCACACAACUUGUGCUGCUGGACCAAGCUGGCUUCCAGACAAAAUCACCAUCGGGUCCCGGCACUCCACUUAUCUCCGCACUUCGUAAUGGCUUUGAGGAAUUCUGCAUCAACUCCAUGGAGGAAAUUUUGCAGGCUCACGUUUUGCGCAGCAUCUUUGAUGGUGAUGCAGGUUUUAAUGCCCGCAUCGCUGCAGAUGGCAUCUCGUUGCCAACUGUUACCGCUAUAAGCAACUUUGCAUGUGCGGAACUCCUGCAGGGGUGCUCUACUAACGAACGCAACUCUCGGAAGCCCGGCGGCAUCCUGGGCGUGAUCGACAAGGCUGUCAACUCCUACAAGUCUGGAAGAGGCGACUCUCGGCGGAACAAUGAACUCUUGCAAGACUUGACUUCCAAGUUUUCCACCCACCCCUCUUUUGUUCCGCCGCCUCCCGACGACAGGAAUAUAUUUACCAUAAAGCACUUUGCGGGCACGUGUGCCUACGAUGUUUCCUCUUUUGUCGAGAGAGAUGCAGACCUUUUCGACCCUCUUUUUGUCUCGAUCUUGCGCAGUUCGGCAGAUCCACUGGUCGCUAAACUCGUGUCCGGACCUGGCUUGCCCAUUGAGAAGCACCAAAGUGACCCGGAGACGAUUGUGCAGGCACAGGUGUCCUCCCUUCCCCUCCGCCACACCACUCCAUUGUCAGGAGUGAGCAACGAGACUCACCGUCUGAAUGUAAACAAGAUCUACCCCGUCACCACACAGCUCAAUCAGACCUUGCGGGACGUGUUGUCUAACAUCGAGAGCGUGCGGUUGUGGACCCUGUCAUGCAUCAGCCCUAAUGACAAUGGGUUCUCCAACUCUAUGGACAAACGUCGUGUCAAGACACAAAUUCACGCCCUCCACUUACCGGACAUCAUAUCACGCAGAAGGGUUGAGUUUGUAGCUGAUUUUGACCAUGCCGAGUUUUGCGAUAGAUACCGACCCACUAUGCGCGGCUCUCACGCAGAACGUAUAAGGCAAUGUGUGCAGUCGAACGGGUGGAUAGAAGGCGUGGAUUUUGCUCUCGGCCAUCAGAAGAUAUGGCUGUCGUAUUACGCAUGGAAGAUGGUGGAAGACGUUGUGCGUUCUGCAGAGAAGGAACACAAGAGGAUUUCCCGCGAGAAUUCAGGAGAAGACGAAAACGUAACGGCAGAUGACGUUCCAGAUUACCUCCGCACCCCGGAGGGUAACGAUCAUGGACUGUUCGACGAAUCACCUGACAUCCCACGUCAAAUCCCGAGAACCCCAAGCGCUUAUGACGACUCCCCGCAUUCUCGCGCGCCAUCCAUGGGUUACGGUUACGUAGAGGAGGCGGGGUCUGUGUGGGACAAGAAAACCGAAGGUUACGCACCCACACCACCAUUGCUCCCAACGCCCGGUGAUUUGGCUACUGUUGAUGGCCAGGAUACAUUCGAGGAACACUUGCCUACCACUCGUGUCAGACGAUAUUGGCUAUUGUUCGUUCGGCUGUUCACAUGGUGGAUCCCGGACUUCCUGCUCACUUACAUCGGCCGCAUGAAGCGUCCUGACGUCCGUCUUGCGUGGCGCGAGAAGGUCACCAUUUUCGUCCUCAUUUUCUUCGCCAACGCGAUCGUUCUUUUCUAUAUUAUCGCUUUCGGAGUCCUCCUUUGCCCGGACUUUAACAAGGCCUGGACUUCUAAUGAAGUUGCACAGCACACUGCCAGCAAUGACUAUUACGUGUCUAUCCAAGGCCGUGUCUACGAUGUCUCGAACUUCGUACGAGGAGAUCACAGCGAUGUCACGGGGGAACCGAGCAAUAGUGCAUCCGUGAUUGAUGGCCUCGCGGGGACGGACAUGACGUACUAUUUUCCACCUCCCCUUCAACUGGCAUGCACUGGGCUCGUCAGCAAUCAGUACAUGUAUAUCACGAUACAGAACAGCUCGGAGAUGCUCUACACCGAAGCUUCACAUGCCUCUGGUGUCAACGCUCGAUACAACCCAUCGGCCCUGGACAACACGGAUUGGUACACGGCUAAUUUCUUGCCCACGAUCAAUCAGUAUUACAAGGGAGCUUUGGUCUGGGAACCAAGUGAAAUAUUCUCGCAAGCCAACGAUACGACCAUUCAACGAAUCUGGGCCAUCUACGAGAGCAGCAUCUACGACCUGACCGAUUACGUGUACACGAUGGAUACAGUGAAUGUCCACAACACGGCAUACAGCUUUCUAGACUCAGAUCUCGUGUCGACAUUCACGCAGCAACCUGGUACGGAUAUCACCUCAGCUCUUAACAAAGUUUUGGCCUCGAUGGAUGCAACCAACCGGACGGCAAAUAUGGACUGCCUGCAAAAUGCUUUCUACUGGGGAGAGGUAGACUUUCGGUAUACCCCGCGGUGCCAGGUCCAGAAUUACAUGUUGUUAGUUUUUUCGAGCAUUAUCAUGGCAUCCAUGCUGGUGAAGUUCUUGGCUGCUCUUCAGCUGGGAACGAAGCGCUUCCCGGAACGUUUGGACAAAUUUGUCUUGUGCCAAGUUCCGUGCUAUACUGAGGGUGAAGAUUCGCUGCGCCGUACCAUUGAUUCGCUCGCGGCCCUCGACUACGAUGACAAACGUAAGCUUAUCUUCGUCAUAUGCGAUGGUAACAUCAUUGGGAGUGGCAACGAACGUCCCACACCGGAGAUUGUCCUUGAAAUUCUUGGAGUUGACCCAAUCAAGACCAACCCGGAGGCGCUCAUGUUCAAGUCUAUCGGUGAAGGUUCUCAGAAGCUCAAUUAUGGCAAAGUGUACUCAGGACUGUAUGAGUUCGAAGGCCACGUGGUCCCGUACUUGGUUGUGGUUAAAGUCGGGAAACCAAGUGAACGUUCGAAACCGGGAAAUCGUGGAAAACGUGACAGUCAGAUCCUGCUGUUUCAGUACCUUAACCGCGUUCAUUUCGAUGCGCCUAUGUCACCUCUGGAAUUGGAGAUCUACCACCACAUGCGUGACAUUAUCGGCGUGGACCCGACGUUCUAUGAAUACAUCUUUACAGUAGAUGCUGAUACAUCUGUCACUCCACAGUCCCUGAAUAGACUGGUGGCAGCGUCCAUCGCGGAUGCGAAUAUCGUCGGUAUAUGUGGUGAGACGAAGCUCCAAAACGAGGAAGGUUCUUGGUGGACUAUGAUCCAGGUUUAUGAAUAUUACAUUUCACAUAACCUAGCAAAGGCAUUUGAGAGUCUCUUUGGAUCUGUAUCGUGUCUGCCUGGAUGCUUCAGUCUUUACCGGAUUCGCACCGCAGAUAAGGGUCGACCCCUCAUCAUAUCCAAUCGGGUCAUUGACGAGUACGCCGAAAGCCAUGUUGACACCUUACACAAGAAGAAUCUGUUUUCACUCGGUGAAGAUCGGUUCCUGACCACUCUGCUCAUGAAACACUUUCCAUCGUACAAGACAAAGUUCCAGCCAGACGCCGUUGCCCGCACGACGGCGCCAGUCUCAUGGAGGGUUCUGUUUUCGCAGCGUCGCCGGUGGAUUAACUCGACCGUUCACAACCUUUGUGAACUUGCCAUUUUACCUGACUUGUGUGGAGUUUGUUGUUUCUCUAUGAGGUUCUUCGUGUAUCUUGAUCUCAUCGGUACUAUUAUAUUGCCGGCCACCGUGGUUUACUUGGUUUGGCUCAUUGUCGAGGUAGCGACUGGAUCGUCGGCGUUCCCAUACAUAUCCAUUGCCAUGAUUGCGGCGGUCUACGGUCUACAGGCCCUCAUUUUCAUCAUCAGACGAGAAUUCAUGUUGGUAGGUUGGAUGGUGGUGUACCUCCUAUCGUACCCUAUCUACAGUUUCUUCCUGCCCAUCUACUCGUUCUGGAAAAUGGAUGAGUUUGGCUGGGGUAACACCCGCGUUGUCCUCGAUGAUGGAAGUAGUAAGAAAGUCCUCGCCACAGCCGGUGACAUGAAGUUUAGCGAGUCCAUGAUUCCAUACAAAAAGUUCAGUGAGUACCAAGCAGAAGCGUGGGGCAGUGGUGGUUCCGAGAGCACUGCACCAACACCACCUUUACCCGCCCCACAACCCCGGAGGCCUGUUUCUCAAAUGCGGACUGUUUACGAAUACGAACAGUCCGAACCAGGUGAUUACUAUCGCAAUACCAACAUUCUACCAAAUGCGGCGCACAUAAAUGUUCGCAGCCAGUCUUCCCGCCCAGGUUCACGCGCCGUGUCAGAGUACAACAGGAACUCUGCGAACGCCUUAUCGGCGGGUCCGUCACAGGAACGCAUCUCGUUGUUGUCGAUGAAUGCGUUCGGUAUGGCUCCACCAACCGAUCCACGUAUAACGGCAAUGUCGACCAUGAACCGUCCCAUGUCGCCCGCUGCUACUUUGGGCAUCGUAUCUCAACCUGGCUUCGGCAUCACGCGUCCCAUGUCCACGUUUUCCGUGGCUACGACAGGUUACGCUGGUCCAAGCAAUAACCCAAACCCUUCUGAAGAAGAGCUAUACCACGCUCUCAGAACGUAUUUGAGCACGCAGGACUUGAUGACAGUAACCAAAAAGACCGCCAGGGACGCGAUGGCUGCCUGGUAUCCGAGGGCGGAUUUAACGUCGCGCAAGGAUUUUUUGAACCAAGCAAUUGACAAUAUCCUUUCCCAAGUCUAAAUUGCAUUGUUGUAGUAGUUGGUUCAACUCCAGCAUGUUGUUCGUGAUUCAGGACUUUUUGCCUAAACCAUUGUCUUCGCAUUCUUCCGGACAUUAUCUAAUUGUUGUGUUUUUAUUGGGACUGGUCAUGUUUUCUGCAUUUUCGAACACGUUGCACACGUUACAGUAACCUGGACUUUGAGACAAUCACCCUUUCGAAAGUUGGUCUUUUUGUGUUACCUGUUGUACUUCCUUCGCAUUCGGACUAAAGUAGCUACACCAACUAACAAUUUGAGCAUCCAUUAAGUGACACGGAUAACGAACACCAUUAAGAUGAAGGCAAUCACGACAAUAAUGAU